CACAACAACAAACCGUACUUCCCUAAUACUUCCAAACGCAGAUACUGUGCUGGUGGAGAUUACUGCUCCCACUGGGAGGCUAUUCCAGACAACUGAGGAACAAACUCGUCUGUCAGUGCAAUGGAGCGUUUGUUCCAGAUUCAAAUACUUUUUCUUUUGCUGUUUAUUCCUGGCUUUAAAUCUGAAGAUGGUGCAGUGGAAGUGAACACACACCUGUAUGGAUCGGUGACUCUGCCGUGUACAUUCCACUUUGUCUCUGGCCCAGAGGACCUGUUCGUCUCUUGUGCUCAUAGAAGCUCCUCAAAUGGAAAUGCCAAAGUGGUUCACAGCUAUAAAUAUGGGCAAGACAAUUUAAAAGAUCAAGAUAUUCAGUUCAGAGGACGCACUGAGAUGUCUCCUGACUUGGCCAGAGGCACCCUGAAACUGACCCUGAAUGACGUGGGCUUUGCUGAUGAAGGAUUCUACACCUGUGCAGCAGCUAAUAAAAAGGGGAGUGGAAAUAUGCUAUUCAGAAUAUCUAUUGACAGAUUACAUGCUGAGGAUCCACUUGUUGUAACACUUGUUUCCAAUGGCAAGACACAGCUGCGAUGUUCCUCCACCGGAUUGUUUAAAGAACCCCGUGUUGAGUGGCAGGAUGGAAAUGGGGAAGAUUUAACCAAAAAUGCAAAGCUUACUAAAAAGAACGAACUUCCUGACGGGAACCUGUUGGUGGAAUCUGUGUUGGACAUCGAUGUGCAGCCAAAUGUUCACUAUUUCUGCCGUGUCAAGGAAGGGAGGCUGAAUCGAUCUGCCCGAGCUGUGUUGUCAGAUGGAAAAGAGACCGUUAAAAUCACCGAUGAGUUCUAAUGUCCCAGCGACAGAAUGAAUUUCGCUUGCAAUGCAUUUAUGGAAGCAUUUUGUUAUAAGUGCAAUCUAACUGGGGGCAGGUGGAAUUAAACAGGAGAAGACAGAAUGUGAGCCGGCUACUUUAUUAACAUGAAUCCUUUUCUCACAUCCUGUGAAGAGGACAAUAAAAUACUUGGUGUUAUUCAUAGUUUUUAUGUGUUUUAUCUCAGCUACUCUGACUUUAAAUUUGUUGAAAUUCACUUAGAAUUCUCAGUUUAGUAAAUAGUCCCGCUUUGUGGUCAACCUUUAAAUGUAUCUUUUUAUCCUGUUGGUCCAAAAGUAAAAACUAAAUUUAAUGAGAUUACCAUUUAUGCAACAAAAAGGGAGAGACAUUCCUUCUAGACUCCAUAUUGGCGAUCAGUAAACUGCUCCCGUACAUAUUAAUUAUAUGAUCAAAUAUUCUGCCCCCCCAAAAAAAUCAAUGUUGCCAUUUAAAAAUAUCUACAGAAUCCGACAAAACAAGCUGUCUGGACAGAGAAUGUCACAGCUCAAUUCCUGUACGGACGGCAUCCCUCUGGAUCGGUAAAGCGCUUUUCAUUAAUAGUUAUUUACCAAAGUCAGAAGUCAGGGAGAAGUUCGGUGAAAGUAGUUGCAAUGCAAUAGAUGACUCAGUUUUCAGCUAUUUUUUACCUGAAAUUUCACUUCGAACUCCCCAUGAAAUUACCCUGUGAGUCGCAGUAGAACUCGUUGCACAGCGAUACCGUACUGGGCGUAGCAAUGGCAGACUGACGCCAGAUCGGUUUAU